AUGGCCACCAUUGUUGAGAAGCGGGAUGGCCACACCAUCUAUCGGUCUCCCGAUACCAUCGACGUUCCCAGCGUUGACCUGCUUACGUUCCUCUUCGACUUACCGAACGAGAGACUUCGUGAUGACACAAUCCUCCACGUCGACGCGGCUGACCCGUCUCGGUCCAUCACAAAGUCUCGUCUCGUGAAGACCGUUAAACAGCUAGCCCACACUCUGCGGCACCGCUACAACAUCCGCAAGGGCGACGUCGUCCAAGUCGUGUUCACCGGCCAUUACAUGGCCCCGGUCGUCUUCUACGGCAUCAUGGCUGCGGGGGGCUCCGUCGCCGCUUCCUCCCCGUCGUCUUCCCCGCCUGAAGUUUCCCGGCAGAUUAACCUGACGGGGAGCAAGAUGGUGAUCUGCACCCCCGACAUCAAAGCCCUCGCCGUUGCUGGGGGCACGGCUGCCGGUUUGCCAGACGACUGCAUCCUCUACAUAGGUGAUAGCCAAGAGUUCCAGCUGUUCGAGGCAAAGUCCGACAAGCAACUAUCCCCGUCGAGGGAGGAGCUCGACUGGGAACGUGUCACGGACCGGACGACCCUGGAGAACACGGUCGGGUGCUUCAUCUACAGCAGCGGCACCACGGGCAUGCCCAAGGCGGUCAAAAUUUCCCACGCCAACAUGGUCGCACAAGCCUUGUGCAUCACCACGCCAACGAUUAAGUAUUAUCACAAGAACGGGCCCGGGAUGAGGUUCAUCACACUCGGCCACUUGCCCGCGGCCCACAUCUCCGGCCUCCAGGCCUACAUCAUCAACCAGACAUACAUGGGAGGGGUGGUUUACUGGAUGAAGAAGUUUAACUUUGUCGACUUCAUCGAGAACAUCAAGAAGUACAAGAUCAACUACCUAUUUAGUGUGCCGCCCAUCUACCUCAUGAUCGCAAAAUCCCCGCUCGUCAAGGACCACCUCGACAGCGUCGACUUCGCACUGACGGGGGGCGCCGCGCUAGGCAGGGAGACCCAGGUGGAGGCGCAGAAGAAGAUGGGCCGGGGCAAGGCGCUCCUCGCCCAGACAUGGGGCCUCAGCGAGACGACGGCCGGGUUCACGCUCCUGCCCCGCCACCUCACGGACGACACCGGCAGCGUUGCGAUGAUCGUGGCCAACUGCGAGGCCCGGCUGGUCGAUGAUGAGGGCAGGGACGUCGAGGUCGGGCAGCCCGGCGAGAUGUGGUGCCGCGGCCCGAUCAUUACGAAAGGGUAUUACAAGAAUGACAAGGCAAACCAGGAGGCUUUCGUCGACGGCUGGUUCUGCACCGGCGACAGACUAUCUUUCAAGGACGGGAAGUUCUACUUUGUGGACCGCAAAAAGGAACUCAUCAAAUACAAGGGCAUUCAGGUGGCUCCGGCCGAGCUCGAGGCUCUGCUGGUCACACAUCCCAAGAUUCAGGAUGCUGCCGUCAUCGGCGUCGACGGCGAAGGCACCGAGCUUCCAAGGGCAUACGUCGUCGCCGACAAGACGCAGAUUUCUGCCGAGGAAAUCCAAAAGUGGGUGGCCGAGCAGGUCGCGAGCUACAAGAAGCUGCGCGGAGGCGUCGUCUUCAUCGACGCCAUUCCCAAAAGCCCGUCCGGCAAGAUCCUCCGUAAAGACCUUAGAGCAUUGGUGAAGCGUGAGGCCGGUGCGAAGCUUUGA